GGUUUACAAAAAAUUUUGGGAAAACGACAACGGCUACUAUCUUAUUUGUCAAAUAAAAAUAGAAUACGCUAUAACAAAUUAAUAAAUCAAUUGGAUAUUCGGGAGUCAAUAAUUCGUUAAUUGAAUUUGAAGAGUCAUUUUGAAUUAUUCGAUUUUUUAGGUCUUGAAUCUUGAUUAAUUUUUUUUCUUUCGAAAUUCAUGGAAGAAUAAAUCGAGGAAAAACCUAUGAAUGGGACAGCUAAAAGAAAAGAUCUCAUGGUAGUCAAUAUGGGACCUCACCACCCAUCAAUGCAUGGUGUUCUUCGACUUAUUGUUACUCUAGAUGGUGAGGAUGUUAUUGAUUGUGAACCAUUAUUGGGUUAUUUACACAGAGGGAUGGAAAAAAUUGCGGAAAAUCGAACAAUUAUACAAUAUCUGCCUUAUGUAACACGUUGGGAUUAUUUAGCUACGAUGUUCACAGAAGCAAUAACCGUAAACGGACCAGAACAGUUGGGAAAUAUUCAAGUACCCCAAAGAGCCAGCUAUAUUCGAGUAAUUAUGUUGGAAUUGAGUCGUAUAGCUUCUCACCUAUUAUGGCUGGGACCUUUUAUGGCGGAUAUUGGUGCACAAACCCCUUUCUUCUAUAUUUUUAGAGAAAGAGAAUUAAUAUAUGAUCUAUUCGAAGCUGCGACAGGUAUGAGAAUGAUGCAUAAUUUUUUCCGUAUCGGGGGAGUCGCGGCCGAUCUACCUCAUGGUUGGAUAGAUAAAUGUUUGGAUUUCUGCGAUUAUUUUUUAACAGGGGUUGUUGAAUAUCAAAAACUUAUUACGCGAAAUCCCAUUUUUUUAGAACGGGUUGAGGGAAUAGGCAUUGUUAGUGGAAAGGAAGUAAUUAAUUGGGGUUUAUCAGGACCGAUGCUUCGGGCUUCCGGAAUACAAUGGGAUCUGCGUAAAGUUGAAAAUUAUGAGUGUUAUGGGGAAUUUGAUUGGGACGUUCAAUGGCAAAAAGAAGGAGAUUCAUUAGCUCGUUAUUUAGUUCGAAUUGGUGAAAUGGUGGAAUCCAUAAAAAUUAUUCAACAGGCUUUGGAAGGAAUUCCCGGCGGACCAUAUGAGAAUUUAGAAAUCCGUUACUUUGAUAGGGAAAGGGAACCAGAAUGGAAUGAUUUUGAAUAUCGAUUCAUUAGUAAAAAACCGUCUCCGACUUUUGAAUUGCCGAAACAAGAACUUUAUGUAAGAGUUGAAGCCCCCAAAGGAGAAUUGAGGAUUUUUCUAAUAGGAGAUCAGAAUGGUUUUUCUUGGAGAUGGAAAAUUCGUCCACCCGGUUUUAUCAAUUUGCAAAUUCUUCCUCAAUUAGUUAAAAGAAUAAAUUGGCCGAUAUUAUGACAAUACUAGGGAGUA